CGUCAACUCUGUUGGGUUGCCUGUUGGUAUUGGUCAGGUUGGUACGUCUGUUAUUCUGUCGUCUGUCGUCUUGUUUACAAAUUUACCGCUUUUCGCAUGUUUGACUUUGACUUGACGCUUCGUGAAGCUGGUCAACAUCAAUAGAAAGGGGAACAGACCUGUUUUCAACACCACACGUGUGCAUCCAUGACGAUGUUUUCGCAAAGCCCUCUUGGAGGGACUUCAUCUUUCGUGCAAAACACUCCGGCAAACACCACAAAUCCCAUGCGAGAUUUUGAGGUCACAUCGCCUCCUGAUGAUUCCAUUUCUUCACUAGCCUUCAGCCCUCCGGCGCUGCAACAAAACUUUUUGAUCGCUGGAAGCUGGGAUAAUAACGUCCGCUGCUGGGAAGUUGAGCAAACUGGGAAAACGAUUCCUAAAUCCAUGCAGUCAAUGCAAGGACCUGUGCUUGAUGUGUGUUGGAGUGAUGAUGGGACCAAAGUGUUCAUGGCAUCCUGCGACAAGCAAGUCAAAUGUUGGGAUUUGGCUAGCAAUCAGACUGUCCAGGUGGCGCAGCACGAUGCUCCGGUAAAAACAUGCCACUGGGUGAAAGCACCUUCCUACACUUGCUUGAUGACUGGAUCGUGGGACAAAACGCUGAAGUUUUGGGACACGAGGAGCCCAAACCCGAUGCUUACAAUUCAACUACCGGAGCGAUGCUAUUGUGCUGAUGUUGAUUAUCCUAUGGCUGUCGUUGGAACAGCAGGGAGGGGACUGGUAGUCUACCAGCUCGAGAACCAGCCUCAAGAGUACAAGAGGAUUGAGUCGCCUCUAAAAUAUCAGCACAGAUGUGUUUCCAUUUUUAAAGACAAGAAAAAUUUGCCUGCUGGGUUUGCACUUGGCAGUGUUGAAGGCCGAGUGGCGAUUCAGUAUGUUUCACCCCAAAAUCCAAAAGACAACUUCACAUUCAAGUGCCACAGAUCUAAUGGGACACCAGGAGGAUUCCAGGAUAUCUAUGCUGUCAAUGAUAUCGUUUUUCAUCCCAUUCACGGAACUCUUGCAACUGUUGGCUCUGAUGGAAAAUUCAGUUUUUGGGACAAAGACGCCAGGACCAAGCUAAAAACUUCUGAAGCCAUGGAAUCUCCCAUUACUAGCUGCUGCUUCAGUUCUCAUGGUCAAAUUUUUGCUUAUUCUGUCAGCUAUGAUUGGUCAAAGGGACAUGAGUUCUACAGCCCUAUGAAGAAAAACUACAUCUUCUUACGCUCCUGCUUUGAAGACUUGAAGCCACGCACCAAGACGUAAACUUGCAUAAUAUAUCAGUCACCAAAAAAUAAACCUGCCAUUGUUAUGAAAUUUUUCACAAAUAAAUUCUUGGCAUUUGUCGUGGCAUAAAAAAUUUA